AGCGAGGGAGGAAUGAGGAAGUAGGGUCCCCUUCAGGCGCCCGCGCCAGCCUGCUCGACUCCGCCCCUUCAGGGAUCCUCGCGCGCGGCCGUCGGUUUGUUCCGCCUGGACUGUUGGCAGCGUUGGGGGGUGGCGCGAGGCGUCUUCCCGGAGAGGUGGUCUACCGAGGGUCUCGCGAGAGUUUAGCCGCGCGCGCGCCCCCCGUUCCCUGAGGGGGUCAUGUCAGUCUCGCCCGUGAAGAAGCCGAAGAUGGAGUCGGCGCUGGAGCACCUCAAGCGGCACACCACGGUGGUGGCCGACACCGGGGACUUCCACGCCAUUGAGGAAUAUCAGCCUUUGGAUGCCACUACCAAUCCUUCCCUGAUACUGGCUGCUGCCCAGAUGCCAUCUUACCAGCAGUUAGUGGAAGAUGCUAUUGCAUAUGGAAAAGGACUUGGUGGGUCAGAAGAUGAUCAAGUUACAAAGGCUUGCGACAAGCUUUUUAUAUUGUUUGGCGCAGAAAUAUUGAAAAGAAUACCUGGCCGUGUGUCCACAGAGGUAGAUGCAAGGUUGUCAUUUGACAAGGAAGGCAUGGUUAAGAAGGCUAGACACUUCAUAGAUCUUUAUAAGGACGUGGGAAUUGGUAAAGACCGCAUCCUCAUCAAACUAUCUUCAACAUGGGAGGGUAUCCAGGCUGCCAAGGUUCUCGAAGAACAAUAUGGGAUCCAUUGCAACCUGACAUUACUAUUUUCCUUUGCUCAAGCCGUUGCCUGUGCAGAGGCAGGUGUUACACUCAUUUCCCCUUUUGUUGGGCGUAUCCUGGAUUGGCACGUUGCAAAUACAGACAAAAAAGCUUAUGAGCCAUCUGAGGACCCAGGAGUGAAAAGUGUCACUAAAAUCUACAACUACUACAAAAAAUUUGGCUACAAAACCAUUGUGAUGGGAGCUUCGUUUCGAAACACUGGGGAAAUCAAAGCGCUGACCGGCUGUGACUAUCUCACCAUUUCCCCCAAGCUUCUGGGAGAGCUCAGUAAAGAUACCAGCAAGCUAACUCCAGUGCUCACUGUUAAAGAAGCCCAGGCGUCUGACUUGGAGAAGAUCCAUCUAGACGAGAAAGCAUUCCGCUGGCUUCACAAUGAAGACCAAAUGGCUGUGGAGAAACUGUCUGAUGGGAUCAGAAAGUUUGCCGCCGAUGCCGUUAAAUUGGAACGGAUGAUAAAGGAACGAAUGUUCAGUGCUGCAAACGGAAAGUAGACAGACCAAAGUUCUUGGAUGUGGAAUGGUUGUACAAAUGUCAUUGUGUUGCAUACGAAUGAAUUUUCUGCAUUCCAAGCUUUUCAUGUGGAUUUUAAACAAAAGGCUUUCAAUGUUUGUGGCACUUUUAUAUAUCAAAAAUCCACUCCUUGGGGGGUGACAGAGAUUUCUUUUCCACUAAAGAUUAUAAAUUUGCAAAUGAUUUAACGACCACUAAUUUACUGGGAAGACUUUCUCCCCUCAAAAAUAUUAAUAAUUUUAAAAGAUUUUAUAUCAGUGUUUCCAUUAUUCAUGCUUUAGAAGUACAGUGGGUACAAUAAUCUAUUCCAGGAGGUGUAAGACAACACCUUUACUACCGCUGAGGGUCACUGAAAAUGGGAACUGUGUUGGGAGUAAGGGAUUCUGAGAGACGUUGUUUGAGGAAUUCGUAUUAUAAGUUAGCAAGUGCUAAAGAGUAGCGCUUCAUUUUUCUAUGGAGGAAGGCCACGGAUUAUUAACACGGACGUGGUCAUGGACUUAAAUCACAAUGGGUUCAGCGCAGAAAUCACAUGAAGCCAUGGUUAAGCUCAACUCCCUUAAUAUGGCCAAAAAAACAGCAAAUAACAACUGUGUACUGCACAAACCCGCACCAAAGUUAACAAAAAGAGAC